AUGCCGAAUAAGACGAAAAAAGACAAGGACUCCCCUAAGUCUGGCAAAGUGGGCAAGAGUGGAGGACAGGAGAAUUCAGAACAUGAGCAGAGCUCGAACAGGAAGGCUAGCAAUAGUGUUCCUCCCACCACUCAGCUGCUAAAGGGGAAACAGACAGGUUCCCAGACACCCGUGAAAAAGGACAAGAGGCAGAGCUCCUCUCGCUUCAGCUUGAGCAACAACAGAGAGCUGCAGAAACUGCCUGCUUUCAAAGAUGUUCCCCCUGCUGAGCAGGAGAAGCUCUUCAUUCAGAAGUUGCGGCAGUGCUGCGUCCUCUUCGAUUUUGUCUCAGAUCCACUGAGUGACCUGAAAUGGAAGGAAGUGAAACGGGCAGCGCUGAGCGAGAUGGUGGAGUAUAUCACCCACAACAGGAACGUAAUCACGGAACCCAUCUACCCAGAGGUGGUUCACAUGUUUGCUGUGAAUAUGUUUAGGACGUUGCCGCCAUCAUCCAACCCCACAGGUGCAGAGUUUGACCCAGAAGAAGAUGAGCCUACGCUAGAGGCUGCAUGGCCACAUCUACAGCUCGUCUAUGAAUUCUUCCUACGGUUCUUAGAGUCACCUGACUUUCAACCAAACAUAGCCAAAAAGUAUAUUGACCAGAGGUUUGUAAUGCAGCUCUUAGAACUAUUUGACAGUGAAGACCCCAGGGAAAGAGAUUUUUUAAAGACCACUCUGCAUCGCAUCUAUGGCAAGUUCCUGGGCCUACGAGCAUACAUUAGGAAACAGAUUAAUAACAUAUUUUAUAGGUUCAUUUAUGAGACUGAACAUCAUAAUGGAAUAGCAGAAUUAUUGGAAAUAUUAGGCAGCAUAAUCAAUGGAUUUGCAUUACCAUUGAAAGAAGAACACAAGAUAUUCCUGCUGAAAGUUCUGCUGCCUUUACACAAAGUCAAGUCGCUUAGUGUAUAUCACCCACAGCUGGCCUACUGUGUGGUACAAUUCUUAGAGAAGGAUAGCACCCUCACAGAACCGACGGUGAUGGCUUUGUUGAAAUACUGGCCAAAGACCCACAGUCCAAAAGAGGUGAUGUUCCUCAAUGAACUGGAGGAGAUCCUGGACGUGAUUGAACCUUCAGAAUUUGUCAAAGUCAUGGAGCCCCUCUUCAGACAGCUGGCAAAGUGUGUGUCCAGCCCACACUUUCAGGUGGCGGAGCGAGCUCUGUACUACUGGAACAAUGAGUACAUCAUGAGCCUGAUUAGUGACAACGCCGCCAAGAUCCUGCCAAUCAUGUUCCCAGCCCUCUACCGCAACUCCAAGACCCACUGGAACAAAACCAUCCACGGGUUGAUCUACAAUGCUCUGAAACUCUUCAUGGAGAUGAACCAGAAGCUUUUUGAUGACUGCACCCAACAGUUCAGGGCAGAGAAAAGCAAAGAGAAAGCCAAAUGGAAAGAGAGAGAAGAAGCGUGGCUGAAGAUUGAGAAUCUAGCAAAGUCAAAUCCACAGUUUCUGAUUUACAUUGACUCAGUAGGCUCAGGCAGUCCAAUGGACAUGGAGACAGACGGGCCACUGCUAGACGAUGUCAACAUGCUAAAGAAAGCCGUAGAGGAGGAAGCAACACAGAUCCAGAAAGAUCAGCGAAGAGAGCGCCCAUUGAUGCGAAGGAAAUCGGAGCUCCCCAAGGACAUCUCCACUGUCACAGCCUUGGAGUUGCACCGAAGGGCCGAGGAAAUGUUGACGACGCACGACGGCCACUAAGAGACCACCCCAGAUCCACCAUAAACCAGCAACAGAAGCAUCCACAGAGGAACCACAGGCCCACAGAGGCCCGCACAACAACAGAACUCUGGUAUCUCAGUCCAGCCCAGCACAACACAGAAGUGAACAGUCCCAGCUCAACCUGACAGAAAAUGUCUAAAGCCACACAUCUAAGCCUGGUUCAGCUUUCCGGACAAGCGGUGCUCAGUCCUUACUGAUCCCCCUCUUCCCCCCCACCUGGUUGUUGUCCAGCAGAGACAUCUGAGGUGCUGGACGGUCCUGCAUGACCACGACACGCACCGUGAACUUCCCCCAAGAUUCUGCAGUGUUGUUAUUUCUUCUCCUCCCUGGUUUUUCUCUAUUCCUGUCCUCUCAACCUGUUGUGUUUUUGGGGUGCUGUGCUGCCCCCUUCUGGUUAUUUCUCUCAGGUGUUCUGUUCUGUUCUGUUCUGUGUGUGUGUGUGUGUGUGUGUGUGUGUGUGUGUGUGUGUGUGUGUGUGUGUGUGUGUGUGUGUGUGUGUGUGUGUAAGCUGUCUUCUCUUUUUGCCUCUUCUUUGUAGAUGUCAGGUGCUUAUACAAAUAAUAUGAGCCCCUCCACAGAAAACUUCUUUGGUUUAAUUAAAAAAAAAAAAAAUCAUCAGUUGAUGAGAAAAUGUCAGUUGUUUCUAUAUAUUGAAUAGUAGCUAUUUUUCUCAUAACAUUUAAACUAGACAGCUGUUUAUAUUUUUUCCUACAUAGUAUAAUAGGAGCUCUUCUCAGAGUAAAACACACUUUCUAGCUGUAUAACUGGUCUGUUUGGAGUUUGCCCUUUUUUUCUCAGUUAAUUUUCCAUUUGCUGUGAAAUUUCAUUGAUCAUUCUGUUAAUCGGGACAGGGUCACCAGGGACUCGAUAGUAGAGCGUGUCUGGAUUAAAACCAUUACAACGCAGUUCUGUUCAUCAAACAGUGCUGGCCUGACAGAGGUCCAUGUUUUUCAUCUAUUAGAUCUUUGUUCCUGCGUAGAAGCCUAGUUCGGUGCCAACUUCUCUGACAAAUUUAGAUUCUUUCUUAAAAGGAUCCUUUUAAUUGUGUAGGCAAUAAGUUAAUGGGUUGUGGUGUGUGUCUGUGGCUCAAAAAGAGGUCAGAUGAGUUUAUUACAUGUCUAGAUCUGUUUGAUUGGUUGUUGGGAUGGGUCCAGCUCAUGCCCGGUUUGCUGCACCAGUUAUGUGAGAGGGGAUUGUUGGAUUUAUUUUUGGUUCCCCCAUUCCCAUCCAGCCAUUGUAAGAGUGUGUUUAACAUAGUCAUUAGCAUUCAGUACAAGUCAGUGUCAUUCAUGUGAGGCUUAGGAGAGGUCAGAGAGAUGUAACUGCUCAUCUGGGAUUUACAGAGUGUUGCUGUGUGUUGAGAAGUCAAACAGGGGCAGCUACUGUGCUGAUAGUGAUCACUUUUUCUACUCUUCUCAAGCAAGACCCUUGUAUUUAUAAAACACUUGUUAGAGAUUAGACUGCACCAUAAAUGAGGUAUGUUUGGUUUGAAGAGGUCAAACAUAAGCCUUUCUUUUCACAGUGCCUUUUAUAGUCUAAGGGGAUAUUUGCUCAACUGAGAAUCGAGUAGUAGCAUUACCAUUAAUGCCAGAUCAUUAAAAAAAAAAAUUGUGACAUAAGUUUCCAAAAAAAAAAAGAUGCGUUCAAGUCUGUACUCAGCAGACCUUGGGCCCCUUGGACUCGAGCACAUGCCUUGUUUAAGCUGCAAAGUCCAUUUUGUAGUGAAAAGCUCGAGAGGAGAAGCAGUGGUCGCCCCAAACCACUUCAGCAAUGAAGCACUUCCUGGUAAAACUUGAAAGAAAAUAGAAACACAACUGAAAAAAAAAACAAACUAGUAAAGAAUUGAAAUCUGUGAUGCUGUCUGUUUUGUUGUGUGGGGUCACCUCCCCUGGGUGCCUGUCGAUAAGAGCUCUAGCCUCAACAGUAGAGGAAACCACCUCCCAUCACAAUUUUUCCAUUCUGUGCCCCCACUGUCCCAUUCCACUCUUGUUUCUUAAAAUUGUUUAACCCCCACCCUCCCACCCCUCCCAGUUAAAAGCCGACUACUAACCUGUAGAGCUCGUUAUUUGGACGUCUGUUUAAUCUGCUUCUGGAUGCUUGCAAGUUCUUUUUGUUGUGGUUUUAUUCUUCCUUUGCCUGCAGAACCUCUUGUCAGUGUUUCAACUGAAUGUGCAAAUUGUAAAUAAUACUGCAGUCACAUUGUUCCGUUCUCUCGAUGUUUGUCUUGAAGAACAACAUUCACCAAAGGCUUUUACAAAAAACCUCAUCCCCCUCUCCCCUGGGUAUUACAGUGGAUCCGAUGAAAGUGAUUCCAUCCCUUCAAUAAUCUGCAUCCUCUGAUUGUUGGUUGUCUGGGUUGUCACGCAGUGCAGCAGCGGCACAGUGUUAGUGUCCCAUUUGUGACUGUUGUUCUUCUUGAAAUGGCUUUAAUAUUGGCUUCUUUGGAGCUCUCUUCAUUUUACAUAAGCUUUGUUUUCUUUUUCUUUGAAAAGAAUGAUUAUUGCAAGUGUCCUUUAGUAUACAUCUCAUACUAAAUGGCUUCUUCUAAUAUUGUACAUAUAAUGUACUUUUAUUUUAUGUUAUAACUAUUAUUAAAUGGUAGAUUUCAUAUUUUGUAUAAAAUACCCUGUGUACAGAAUACAGAGGUUAUUAGCAACUGCAGACAGUUGGUAUGUGGCUAAGACUUCAACACAUGUGACUAUUUACAUUUAGAAACCGUAUAGAAUUUGGAUAGUUUUUUAUCUACUUGUGAUCCAGCAUCUUUUCCGUUUUGUUUUCCACCUCCUGACAUGUGUUGAGAUCCUACAUACAUAAGCUUUUUGUGUGUGCUUUUAUCCAAAUCUCCAGUGGUGUACAUCUAUCUAUAUACAGCAAAUAAAGAGAACAUGUGAGUUUUA